AUGGAGUGGAGUCAUACCCACUUCGAUGGGUACGAGUUGUUGGCCGUGCCUUCAGAAUCGCCGGCAUCGAUCGUCGUCCUAGACUCGUCGGCGCUGGUGCUGGUUCAGCGCGUUCUGCUACCGGAGGGAGACGCUGCGCCUCGGGCCCUGACCUGGCAGCCGGGGGGGGCGAGCACCGGCUGCAGCUCGGGAGCUUUGUCCUGCAUAGUGUCCACCAGAGGGAGGGGCCCUGAACUUGCGGUGUUCACCCCCGAUGGGGUCUACCUCUCAAGCAGAGUUCGCUAUAGCUGGUCGUGCGCCGCUCGCGUUCCCCUUUCCCCGUUGCACAAGGGCGGCGGGAGCGAUAGGAUUCUACUGUCAUGGUCUUGCCGGGGGCCUCUUGUGGUCGCUGAUCAGGCGAUCAGCGUCUGGAGCAACAACCCCGCGGUUCCCAGCGCCAACGCCAACACCUUCUCCUCGGACGAGUCCGACAGCAGCGGCGGCGGCGGCGGCAGCAGCGACGACGAAGACGAUUCAGUGCCCAAAAAGAAGGCACCGUCAUCGUCGUCCUCGUCUCCCUUCGGGCCUCGCUCCGUCUACCGCAACUCCCUCCGGCUCUCUCGAAAGUGGGUGCGAAAGGGAGGCGUGUCGUCUGACCGCCGCCUGCAACGCCCCCCCGGCUUCGUCGCCCUCGCCACCUCCCCCUGCGGGUGCAUGUUCGCGGCUGCCUAUAAGGGCACCGAUGAGGUCACGGUCUGGCUCCGCAGAAGAAGCAUGCCGGGGUACGGCAAGCCCUGGGGGGCGAACGGCCGGGGCGAUGCUAGGAACGGUUCUGCCGCCCCGGUUGCGGGGCUGGGGGCCGAGGGCGGGGAGGACGCGACCGACGACGAUGGUGCGUGGAACUUUCAGCCCGCCACGGUGCUGAACAACGACGGGCCGUUGGUGCAGGUGGUGUGGGGGCGCGGGCCCGGCGCCCAGCAGGACUACUUGCUCACUCUCGGCGAGAACGGAAGCGCCCAUGUCUGGGUGGAGCAGCAAUGGGAGGAUCGCUAUUCUAUGCCAACGGCAAGCGGGACGAUAAAGUUCGCUCAGACGGCAACCAUCAAGGCUUGGUACGGGGAUAGCUUAAGGCUCAAGUCGGUGGGCUUCGUCAAGUGGGCGUACUUCGGCAGCCACAGCAGACAUCUCGUUCGCGACAAGGGCGCCGCCUCGGGGGGAUCGGCGUACCACCUGCUGCACCAGCAGGACCAGGCGGCGGAAGGUGGAGCCAGGCCUUACCGCAGCGACAACUGGAUCGUGGGUUGCGGCGACGAUGGGAGGCGUUUUCUCUGGCGGCUGAAGGACAUGCCGCUGCCCGACGGCCGCACAGUCCCGGAACCGGUGGAGGUGGCGUCGCUCCCGUUCAGCUGGCUGGUCGGGGUUUCCCGCGGCGCCGCCACCGCCGCUGCGGCCGCCGCCGCCGCCUCGAAGGAGUGGUCGGCCGCCGCCGCGCCCCUCGUGAGCGCCGUGGGGUACUACGACGCCCAGGGAGCCGACGGGGCUCCUGCUGAGGUCCAGGUCGUGGCGCCGGCGGCGGGGGGCACGAUAGCCGUCAUCACGGCGAGGGUCCACCGCGCCGACUCGAGGAGUAGGUACGUGUUCCGCAACACGCGCUCGGUGGCGCUGCCCAUGGGCCAGGUGGCAGGGGUGCCGGACCCGCCGCAGGAGGCCGGAGGCGGGGCUGGAAAGAGGGCCAGGGUUGCUGGGCGAGCCGCCACCGAAGCGGUUUGUCACCCGAACCUCCCGCUCUUGGCGAGGCUGGAGGGGGGCGGCUGCGCGGUGGAGGUCCAUAGCUGGGUUAACGGCGGGAGCCACCUCCAGUGCAUACCUUGCAAGCCGCGGGGGGGGGGCGGGGGCAGGCUGCAGCCGGGGCACACGGCCGGGGCGGAGCCGGGGAACGCCGACAAGAGGCUCGUUAUCGUUAGCCGCAGCGACUCGGGUUGUUGCGAUAGCUCGGACGGCAGCAGCGACGCCAAGGGCAGGUUCGCGCCCGUCUUGGGCGAGCUGGCCCAGAAGGUCAGGUCCGGCGACGAGCUGUCCUUCGUGCCGUACGCCCUGCCUAGCGUGACCCUUGCGUGCCGCUCGACGGACGAGAACACCGGCGGCGGCGAUUCCAGUCCCGACGCCUGCGGUGGCCGCGGCGGGGCCGCAAUCGAGCACGCGAUGUGGAUGUCGGACUGGGUAGGCGCGGAAGCCUUGCCCCCGGCCCUCGCCGUGAUCGACGGCGAGAAACGCCUCCACGUCUUCGAGCUCGACGACGGGGCCUCCUCCUCCGGCGAAAACCUCGACGCCAACGGCGGCGGCGGGGUGAGCACCGGGGACGGCUUGAGCAGCCUCGUCGGCAUGCUCGGGAAGCGGACGCCCACGAAGUCGUCGACGGGCUCACUGGCGUCGCUGUCGAACGCCUCGAGGGACCUCCACAUGAAGGACCUGGUCGGGCAGGACGGCAAGAAGGAGCGGUCACCGUCACCGCAGGAGCGGACGAGUAGGCGGGCUCGGGUAGACUUCGGCGGGCCCGCGUUAAGGGACGACAGGCCUCCCGUCGAGAAGACGGUCGUGCUUCCCCUGGACUCCAAGUACGGGCUUGGGCUGACCCUGGCGUUCGAAGGAAGUCGGGUGAACGUGUCGACCUUCGUCAGGCACCCGGACACUAGCGAGAUGCUCCCGGCGGAGGCCAGCGGGAGGAUGCGCCCGGGAGACGAGCUUGUGGACAUCAACGGGCAUAGCGUCGAGGGUCUUAACGCGGAGGAAGCAACGGCGCUUAUUCGCCAGGCAAGGCGGGAAAACAUGGAAGGCGGGGCGGUAUCCCUCGAGCUCACCUUCAGGGAAGCCACACCGGCGGCGAAUUUAAAAAGGGUUCGGCGCCCUAGCUCCAAGAGCGGCAGCCCCAAGCCGCGGACGGGGUGGUACUCGAAGAAAUCCAGGGCGCGCGGGUCGGGUCGGGGGUCGGCCAAGGGAUCGACGGCCGCCGGCUGGGCAAGCACAGACGCCGACCAGCACGCCCUGCGCUGGCACCCGAUCGGCAGCAGCGACGAGGUGCCGGCGUUCGAGACGUGCGUCUUGUUGCCGUGGCUGGGGAGCGGCGUGGCGGCGCUUGGGGGUGUCGGGCCGGGGGCGCCGAGCGGCGCUUUGCCGGCCGGCGGCAACCGGUGGACCGAGAUCGGCGUGUACCCGCCAGGGGACGAGAGGAGGGUGCGGGAGGCGCUACUCCUGGGGUUCCAGCCGGCGGAGAGCGGGGGCUCCGUGGUUGCGUUGCUGGUGAAGGCGGCCCCCGGGGUGGGGGGGGUGUCGGUGGUGGAGCUGUGUCGAGCUCCGUUAGGGGCGGGGCAGCAGCCGUUGUCGUUCAACCUCGAGAAGACGCCUCCGGGCGUACGCGGGCGGGCGUUGGCCGAAGCGGUGUGCGAGGACGGGCGGGUUCGACGCUGGUGUAUCGCUCGAAGCCUACCUCGCGGGGAUGAUGAGCGAGAAACAAGUUUCACCCUUAGCACGGUUGAUCUGUGCGACCCGUUCGGAGCGUCGUCGACGGGCGGGGAGGAGGACCCCGAUGACGGCGUCGGCGUUUCGAACAGGGCGACUCCCGCUCCCCUGAUCGCGGUGGCUUCCCCUAACCUCCUGGCCGUCGCGAGAUCGACCGAACGACCGUGGAAGCCGCAGCGUGCCCUUACGCCAGCGCGAUCGUUCCGGGAGAGCAGCGUCAGGUCGGAGGAGCUAGCGGCGGAAACUACGGAGCCCCCGGCGAGCAUAGAGGUGUGGUCGUGCUCCGAUACGCCGUACCCCCUUCGUCGGUUCAAGAAGGACGGGACGGUGGCUCUGCCCGGGAUCCAGGCGGUGGAGGGCAUGUGCUGGGUUUCGCCGGAGGCCGGCGACGACAGGGGGGCCGCGGUCAGCGGACACUGCCUGUGCGUCUCCGUUGCGGGUUCCGUGACGAUCCUGGCCAGGGAGCGGUGGUCCCACGCUGUCUUGCCCGGUCUUUGGGGGGGCGGAGGCGAAGAGGGCUGGGUCUGGUCCCCGGUGUUUCGAGUGGCGAGCCCGUCUUCGCUGCUUGCCUGCAGGACCGCCGGCCUCCGCGACUUCUGCCAGGGACUCAUGGCGAAGUACCAACGCAACCUCGCCCUGGCUCUGGUCCGCACCCGCGGCGUGAAACCGCUGCCGGCGGCGGCGGCGGUGGCGGCCACAGACACGGUUGCCGAAGGGGAGCCGGACCCGGCGAUGGCUCGCACUAGUUCGUCUGGUCCUUCCCGGCCGCCGUUCCCCCUCCCACUCUUGCGGGACGAGAUCGCGGGCCUGAGGGGCGGCGCUACGCGGGACGGUAGACACCUGGAGGACUGGCACCCGGAGAGCUUGGCCGCCCUGUGGUGUACCAGUCUGGUGGCGGGCGGUGGGGGUGCGAAGGAAGGGCACCGCUGGGAGAAGGGGCGCGAGCGGACCCUGUCUGUCCUGCGGUGGGUCUCAAAGGACGCCGAGGGGUCGGAGAGCGGCGUGGUGGCCGGGACGGUGGUGCCGUUGCUGGAGCACGGUGGCGGAGGAGGAGGAGGAGGAGCAGGAGGAGGCGAUGGCGCGUCGAAAGGCGACGACCACCUGGGGAGUCUGAAGGCUUGCCUCGCCUCCUACCUGAGCUGCCGCUUGGAGGCAGAGAACGCUGCUACGGACGGACGGGGGUCCCCGGUGCCCGGGAGCAACGGCAGUGGCUUCACGGCUGCCGUCCGCCGUCCUCGGCACUCGGUCAAGAGCCCCGCCGCCGGCGACGGCCCCAUCCCGGCGAGCGCCCGCGACGUCGCCGACACCGCCACCGCGGCCGGGGUCCCCCGCCGCCUGCUCAGCCUGUCGGGCGCCGAGCUGUCCGCCCUGUCCGCAUUGCUCGACGUUGCUCUCGGCCAGGCCGACGCUAGCGGGCCUUCUCCUGCGGUGGCGCCGUCCGCCGCAAGGCCAGCCGCGGGGGACAACACCGCGGCCGCUCUUUUCUCGAAGGCGUCUUCGCCACCGGCGUCUUCCUCGACCGAUAUCCCGGGCGUCAGGAGCGGCAGCACGAUGCCGCCAACGGCGGUGAUCGCGACGACGAACCACAUGGACGACUACGCCAACGUCUUCCUCCUGACGCGGGGGUUGCGCCUGCGGCUCGGCGACAGCGCCGGGGGCGGUAGCGAGAACGCCUCCGCCGCCGCCGCCGUCGAAGCGGGGAUAGCUUCGUCCGCGGCGCUGGCCAUGCUGCUGGCGCCCAGCGGCACGCAGAAGGAAGUGCUGGAAGUCCUGUGCCCGAAGGCAGGCGGAGGGGCUGUGGCGGCGGUGGCGACGGGCCCGGGGCUGGCCUGGAGCGAUGCUUCGGCGAUGCUGUUGCCUCUUUGGGUGCGAGACGCGGCGGAGCUGCAGAGGGUGGCGGAGUCCGUGGCGUCCGCUACGUUCCUGCAGGACAGGGACCUCAUGGCGGCUGCCAUGUUUUUCGCGGCUCUCGGUAAGGAGAAGAAGCUUUUGGCCUUGGCCAAGGCGGACAGAGGUUUCGUCGGUCAGCGGAACCUCGGCGGGGGAGAGGGCGACAUCAACUCCACCAGCGGACGAUCUCAAGGCGCCACCCAGGGCCAGCGCCUAGAGAAGCUUCUCGCGCACGACUUCAGCUCCCCGCGGGGACGGUCAGCCGCGGAGAAGAACGCCUACGUACUCCUGCGGAAGAGGAAGUUCAAGUCGGCCGCGGCGGUGUUUCUUCUGCCAAGGCCCGCCAUGGUCAAGGAGGCGUUGCAGGUAAUCUUGAUGCACGUCAAGGACCUCCAGCUGGCGUUGCUGAUCGCGCGGCUGGUGGAGAUCCGCGACGGAGGUGGAGCGGUAACGUCCCCGAGAACGACCGGUUCUCUCGGCGGAUUCAGCGGUGUGGGUGGAUACGGCGGUGCCCCCGGCGGCGGGGGGGGCUUCGGCGGGGGCUUCGGUCGCGGGGGGGGCUUUGGUCGGGGUUUGAACGGCGGCGGUGGUGGUGGUGGUGGUGAGGGUGAUGAUGCCGGAGGCGAUGCCGCCGCUGCGUACAAGUCUAUCGGGGGCGCCUCUAGGAAGCUGCUCCGGGACGAGUUGUUGCCGGUGUUUGAUGGCGAGACCGGGGAUGGGCCAACGCAGGGACAGCAGCGAUCAUCAUCCCCUCUCCAGCGCAACCCAUUCCUGGAGUGCGCCACCCUGUUCUGGCUGGGGCAGCCGGACCGAGCGCUCCGGGCGCUGUGCCGUGGCCUCGUCGCCUCUGGCCACCAGGGCGGCUCCUACGCCGCCCCCGCGGGGGGGAUUUCCUCAACAGUGGCGGCGGACAAUUUGUCGGGUCUCGGCCUGUGCAACCGCGCCAUCGACGUCGCGAUGAGACCCUUCCUCGUGUCCAAGCUCCGGCAGAUCGAGAGCAGAGGUAAACCCGCUCGCGACAGGUCGACGGUAGCGGCGGCGGCGGCCGGCGGCGGUGGCGACGGGGCGGCGGGAGACCCCCUGCUGAUCAACGCGCGGCGGGCCGCGGCCGUACGCCUGGCCACGGCGGAGCACCUGGCCCGGAACGGGAUGGAAAUAUCGGCGCUGGAGGUGCUCGGGAGCGACGCCGGCGGGGGUUGGGCGGCGGAGCUCGCCGAGUGGCAGCUCGCCCGGCGGGCCAGUCCCGAGAACGGGGCCGCGGGGGGUGACGGCGAUGUUUUGUCCGGCGGGGGAGGGGGUGCGGGGUUCAAAGCCCCGGGGACGCUGAUGAAGCCUAAGGCAGGCACCAUCGCAGCAGCGGCGGAUUCCGCGUCUGGCGAGCUCUCUGGUGACAUGUUCGGUGGGUUUGAUGCCGCGCCGCCCCGGCGGAAGGCCUCUGCUUCGACCGCCGCUGCUACGGUAGCGUCUGGCGAGCUCUCUGGUGACAUGUUCGGUGGGUUCGAUGCCGCGCCGCCCCGGCGGAAGGCUUCUGCUUCGACCGCCGCUGCUGCUACCGUAGCUUCCGGUGAGCUGUCGGGCGAUAUGUUCGGUGGAUUCGAUGCUGCACCGCCCCGACGGAAGGCUGCUGCUUCGACCGCCGCCGCUGCUACGGUAGCGUCUGGCGAGCUCUCUGGUGACAUGUUCGGUGGGUUUGAUGCCGCGCCGCCCCGGCGGAAGGCCUCUGCUUCGACCGCCGCUGCUACGGUAGCGUCUGGCGAGCUCUCUGGUGACAUGUUCGGUGGGUUCGAUGCCGCGCCGCCCCGGCGGAAGGCCUCUGCUUCGACCGCCGCUGCUACGGUAGCGUCUGGCGAGCUCUCUGGUGACAUGUUCGGUGGGUUCGAUGCCGCGCCGCCCCGGCGGAAGGCUUCUGCUUCGACCGCCGCCGCUGCUACCGUAGCUUCCGGUGAGCUGUCGGGCGAUAUGUUCGGUGGAUUCGAUGCUGCACCGCCCCGACGGAAGGCUGCUGCUUCGACCGCCGCCGCUGCUACGGUAGCGUCUGGCGAGCUCUCUGGUGACAUGUUCGGUGGGUUUGAUGCCGCGCCGCCCCGGCGGAAGGCCUCUGCUUCGACCGCCGCUGCUACGGUAGCGUCUGGCGAGCUCUCUGGUGACAUGUUCGGUGGGUUCGAUGCCGCGCCGCCCCGGCGGAAGGCUUCUGCUUCGACCGCCGCUGCUGCUACCGUAGCUUCCGGUGAGCUGUCGGGCGAUAUGUUCGGUGGGUUCGAUGCCGCACCGCCCCGGCGGAAGGCUUCUGCUUCGACCGCCGCCGCUGCUACGGUAGCGUCUGGCGAGCUGUCGGGCGAUAUGUUCGGUGGAUUCGAUGCUGCACCUCCCGUACCGAAGGCUUCUCCCUCAACCGCGGCUGCUGCUACGGUAGCGUCGGGCGAGCUGUCUGGUGAUAUGGUCGGUGGGUUCGAUGCAGCGCCACCCCGACCGAAGGCUACUGCUCCUUCCAGCGCCGCCGCUUCUACAGUAGCGUCUGGCGAGCUGUCUGGUGACAUGUUCGGUGGCUUUGAUGCUGCACCGCCCCGACGGACGGCCGCUGCUUCGACCGCCGCUGCUGCUACUGUAGCGUCUGGCGAGCUCUCUGGUGACAUGUUCGGCGACUUCGACGGUCCAAAGAGGGGCCCCGCAGCAACCACUCCCCCCAAACCUCGGCUGUCGAGCCCGACCGCCGUCGCCACGGGCGAACUGUCGAGCGACCUUUUUGCCGCCUUCGACGCCCCCCCCCCUAUAACGGCGUCGCCCCCGGGAGGCCACGACCGGACCCCGGGCGGCGGCGGCUCGCAGGCGGGCGUGGGCAACCCGGCAGCAGCAGGAGAAGGAGGAGUUGCCGGUGGACUUGGGCGGACGUCUCCGCGGUCCAGCAGCUACGGGUACUUCGAGGGGGAGGAACCGAGCUGGGAAGAGUACGACAGGCACGUAGCAUGGCAGCCUGGCGAUGUGGAAAGCGGACCGAGUGCGAAGGGAGGAGGGGAGCAAGACACCAGCCCCCUCGAACCUACUCCCAGCUCCAGCGCUACAUUCCCUCAGCAGUGGGACGUCUGGGCAGAAGAUCUCGCCUACGAGGCGGCGACCAAGCGGCUUCUCCGAGAGCUCCGACACCUCUUGGGAGGCCUCGACGCGCUUGCCCCAACCGCGCCAAACAUGGCCUUCGCUCUAGAGUCUCUGGGGGCAGAGGGGACCGGGGCCGGCUCGAGCGGCGACGCGGCAGGCGCCGCCGCCGGCAAGCCGCCGCCGGCUUUGCUAGAGAGUGUCCGCGCGGUGGCGGAGAGCCUGUGCGAGGCGCACAGUCUCUCGGCGGGCGCGCUAGCGGCGGCGGCGGCGGGCACGCUCAGCCACGCGUCGGCGGGGGGAUCGAGGCGCCUCGGCGCGCUGUGCCUGCUGCUCGGCGCGCUGGGGCGGCCGGUGGCGGUGGACGCCGCCGUGUGCGCCGCGGCCGGCAGGCUGCUGCAGUGCUGCAGCGCGCACGGGCAGGCGCACCUGGAGGACCUCGGGCUCAGAGCGGCGCACGGGAGGGCCCUGGGGGCCGAGGCUAAGCUGCUCGCGAGGGAAGAGGCGAGAGAGGCCCAAGACGCAGCCGCCGCCGCCGCCGGUUUUGACGCGACGAAUCUCUCCGAGAGCGCUGGGCCCGCUGCUGGUUCAUUCGUCACAGCGGCGACAGGGGCGGAGGCGGAAGCGGCCGGCGGGCUUGGUCUGGAGAACCUGAGGCCGCACCUGUCGGAGCUGAGGGCGGCCGCGUUCCAGCUCGAGCUGUGCCUUGCGCUUCACGCGCGCGGGUGCUUGAGGCUGAGCUCGCGCGCCCGGGCGGAGGCUGCCAUGGGCUUCCGGGCUGGGUUGUUGGUUGAGACGUUGGGCCGGAGGUAUGACGUCACGGCGGCGUUGGUGGGUUGCCCGCCGGCUUCCCCGGAGGCAGACGAGCCCCGCCUUUCCGACUCUCAAGAGUCCGAGGCCUUAUCCCCUGGCGGUGGCGGCGGCGGUAGCGGUAGCGGCUACGGAAGCGAUCGGGAUGAAGGAAGAAGGGCUUGGGUGGGCACCCCGAACGCGGAACUACUGGACGCGCUGUCGCGGCCCACCGCCAGAGGGUCUCACCGGCUCACCACCUCCUCCCCAGGCGCAGAGGGCGCGCCGGCUCCACCAACACUCGCCCAAUAG